UUGAGAGCUCUGAUUGCUCAGCAUGGACUACCUGGACAUUGAAUCCUUCCGUUCGAAGUACAGCGACAUAACCGUGACCGCCGUGCCCACUCGCUCCGAGGAGCCCUCCGACAUGGAAAUGGCGGCCAAACACCAGGAGCCGCGGGUGGAGAUAACCCGGGUGAACGGAGAAUCUGGAAGCAGCUUCACUGCAAAUCUAGCUAUGAUGCAGCGCAACAGGCAGCAGCAAAACGCCGCCGCCUUUGCAUACGCUAGCGAAUACAAGGAGGUGAUGGCCAAAUUGGAGUACACCAAGUACAUGCAGUCACAACUCCAGCUUAUGUUCUUGGCAAAUGGAGGGGGCAAUUUGAGUGGAGCAGGACUCGAUAGCGGUCUCUAUGGGAUGAUGCCGACUUCUAUAAAUCUCGAUGACAAUGCCAAUAUAGUGGACAAGUACGGCGAUCUGCUUAAUCUCUUGCCCGAGAUGCGUCCCAAUUUGCCGCCAACGGUGAUGGGUUUGCGGGCGCCUAAGGAGCGACUUCAGCGGGACAUAGCCCAAGCCAGGGUUCGCGUGAGGGAGUGCCUCCUGCUCCUAGAGAAGGAUCGUUUCCAGGAGACGGAGGUCAUCCCCAUCAGCGAGUGACGUCACACUGGGGCAGGUUCUCCCUCUCCGUAAUUUUAACGACACCUCUACGCGAAUGCGACUGCCAUGAUAAUAAAACAAAAAACGAGAACAACAAAAGCCAUCGGGGAGUUCUGGGAACCCUCCGUGUUUAUGGGUAUGACUAUGAUAUGAUGGUGGGGCGAUGGGUUUAGAAUAGCCAAAUACUACG